CUUUACAAAGAUCUAAGCGCUGGUAAAGUAACAGUGACUGAAGUAAGUGAAAUGAACUCGGUGCGCAAGUACCUUGAGGGGACCAACAGUAUUGCAGGAGUGUACCUGCAGUCCACCAAAGAGACCCUGAGCAUCUAUGAAGCCAAAAGCCGUGGCCUGUUGACCCCUGGUACUUCUCUGGUUCUGCUGGAGGCGCAAGCUGCCACUGGGUUUGUCAUUGACCCAGUCAAAAACAAGAAACUUUCUGUAGAGGAAGCUGCAGCUCAAAGAGUAGUUGGCAAUGAGUGGAAAAACAAACUGCUUUCAGCAGAAAGGGCAGUCAUAGGAUACAAAGAUCCAUACACAGGAUCUACAAUAUCUUUGUUCCAGGCCUUGAAAAAAGACCUCAUUGUCAAGGAUCAUGGAAUUCGCCUCCUUGAAGCACAAAUUGCCACUGGAGGCAUAAUUGACCCAGUGCACAGUCACAGAGUUCCUGUACAGGUGGCAUACCAAAGAGGCUACUUUGAUGAGGAAAUGAAUCAGAUUCUGUCUGAUCCUGAUGAUGACACCAAGGGCUUCUUUGAUCCCAACACUCAAGAAAACCUCACAUAUCUCCAACUGGUGGAGAGGUGUAUUACAGAUCCCAUCACAGGCCUUAGCUUAUUGGUCAUUGUAAAGAAAGGAGAGUAUUACUUCUUUGUUGAUGAGGCAACCAAACUCAUUCUAAAAUCUACAACAACAACACGAGCAGGAGGGCAAUACCAAGGAACCACAGUGUCUCUGUGGGACCUGCUCUACUCCAAAUACAUCACUGAGGAAAAAAGGAGAGAGCUGGUACAACAAUUCAAGUCUGGAUCAAUUACAGUUGAACGUUUUCUGGAAAUCAUCCUAACAAUCAUUGAGCAACGGACAACAACAACAACCUCAUCUUCAUCAUCAUCAAUUGUCAUGUGCACACCACCUGAGACAAAAGUGGACAGCAGCACAACAACUAAGAUAACAACUACAACAACAGAGACACAGAGUUUUCAUGGAAUUAGAAAGGACGUCACUGCCACUGAGCUGCUCGAAUCCAAAAUCAUUGAUGAGAACCUUUACAAAGAUCUAAGCGCUGGUAAAGUAACAGUGACUGAAGUAAGUGAAAUGAACUCGGUGCGCAAGUACCUUGAGGGGACCAACAGUAUUGCAGGAGUGUACCUGCAGUCCACCAAAGAGACCCUGAGCAUCUAUGAAGCCAAAAGCCGUGGCCUGUUGACCCCUGGUACUUCUCUGGUUCUGCUGGAGGCGCAAGCUGCCACUGGGUUUGUCAUUGACCCAGUCAAAAACAAGAAACUUUCUGUGGAGGAAGCUGCAGCUCAAAGAGUAGUUGGCAAUGAGUGGAAAAACAAACUGCUUUCAGCAGAAAGGGCAGUCAUAGGAUACAAAGAUCCAUACACAGGAUCUACAAUAUCUUUGUUCCAGGCCUUGAAAAAAGACCUCAUUGUCAAGGAUCAUGGAAUUCGCCUCCUUGAAGCACAAAUUGCCACUGGAGGCAUAAUUGACCCAGUGCACAGUCACAGAGUUCCUGUACAGGUGGCAUACCAAAGAGGUUACUUUGAUGAGGAAAUGAAUCAGAUUCUGUCUGAUCCUGAUGAUGACACCAAGGGCUUCUUUGAUCCCAACACUCAAGAAAACCUCACAUAUCUCCAACUGGUGGAGAGGUGUAUUACAGAUCCCAUCACAGGCCUUAGCUUAUUGGUCAUUGUAAAGAAAGGAGAGUAUUACUUCUUUGUUGAUGAGGCAACCAAACUCAUUCUAAAAUCUACAACAACAACACGAGCAGGAGGGCAAUACCAAGGAACCACAGUGUCUCUGUGGGACCUGCUCUACUCCAAAUACAUCACUGAGGAAAAAAGGAGAGAGCUGGUACAACAAUUCAAGUCUGGAUCAAUUACAGUUGAACGUUUUCUGGAAAUCAUCCUAACAAUCAUUGAGCAACGGACAACAACAACAACCUCAUCUUCAUCAUCAUCAAUUGUCAUGUGCACACCACCUGAGACAAAAGUGGACAGCAGCACAACAACUAAGAUAACAACUACAACAACAGAGACACAGAGUUUUCAUGGAAUUAGAAAGGACGUCACUGCCACUGAGCUGCUCGAAUCCAAAAUCAUUGAUGAGAACCUUUACAAAGAUCUAAGCGCUGGUAAAGUAACAGUGACUGAAGUAAGUGAAAUGAACUCGGUGCGCAAGUACCUUGAGGGGACCAACAGUAUUGCAGGAGUGUACCUGCAGUCCACCAAAGAGACCCUGAGCAUCUAUGAAGCCAAAAGCCGUGGCCUGUUGACCCCUGGUACUUCUCUGGUUCUGCUGGAGGCGCAAGCUGCCACUGGGUUUGUCAUUGACCCAGUCAAAAACAAGAAACUUUCUGUAGAGGAAGCUGCAGCUCAAAGAGUAGUUGGCAAUGAGUGGAAAAACAAACUGCUUUCAGCAGAAAGGGCAGUCAUAGGAUACAAAGAUCCAUACACAGGAUCUACAAUAUCUUUGUUCCAGGCCUUGAAAAAAGACCUCAUUGUCAAGGAUCAUGGAAUUCGCCUCCUUGAAGCACAAAUUGCCACUGGAGGCAUAAUUGACCCAGUGCACAGUCACAGAGUUCCUGUACAGGUGGCAUACCAAAGAGGUUACUUUGAUGAGGAAAUGAAUCAGAUUCUGUCUGAUCCUGAUGAUGACACCAAGGGCUUCUUUGAUCCCAACACUCAAGAAAACCUCACAUAUCUCCAACUGGUGGAGAGGUGUAUUACAGAUCCCAUCACAGGCCUUAGCUUAUUGGUCAUUGUAAAGAAAGGAGAGUAUUACUUCUUUGUUGAUGAGGCAACCAAACUCAUUCUAAAAUCUACAACAACAACACGAGCAGGAGGGCAAUACCAAGGAACCACAGUGUCUCUGUGGGACCUGCUCUACUCCAAAUACAUCACUGAGGAAAAGGAGAGAGCUGUACAACAAUUCAAGUCUGGAUCAAUUACAGUUGAACGUUUUCUGGAAAUCAUCCUAACAAUCAUUGAGCAACGGACAACAACAACAACCUCAUCUUCAUCAUCAUCAAUUGUCAUGUGCACACCACCUGAGACAAAAGUGGACAGCAGCACAACAACUAAGAUAACAACUACAACAACAGAGACACGUGAAGCUCAGAGUUUUCAUGGAAUUAGAAAGGACGUCACUGCCACUGAGCUGCUCGAAUCCAAAAUCAUUGAUGAGAACCUUUACAAAGAUCUAAGCGCUGGUAAAGUAACAGUGACUGAAGUAAGUGAAAUGAACUCGGUGCGCAAGUACCUUGAGGGGACCAACAGUAUUGCAGGAGUGUACCUGCAGUCCACCAAAGAGACCCUGAGCAUCUAUGAAGCCAAAAGCCGUGGCCUGUUGACUCCUGGUACUUCUCUGGUUCUGCUGGAGGCGCAAGCUGCCACUGGGUUUGUCAUUGACCCAGUCAAAAACAAGAAACUUUCUGUGGAGGAAGCUGCAGCUCAAAGAGUAGUUGGCAAUGAGUGGAAAAACAAACUGCUUUCAGCAGAAAGGGCAGUCAUAGGAUACAAAGAUCCGUACACAGGAUCUAUAAUAUCUUUGUUCCAGGCCUUGAAAAAAGAUCUCAUUGUCAAGGAUCAUGGAAUUCGCCUUCUUGAAGCACAAAUUGCCACUGGAGGCAUAAUUGACCCAGUGCACAGUCACAGAGUUCCUGUACAGGUGGCAUACCAAAGAGGUUACUUUGAUGAGGAAAUGAAUCAGAUUCUGUCUGAUCCUGAUGAUGACACCAAGGGCUUCUUUGAUCCCAACACUCAAGAAAACCUCACAUAUCUCCAACUGGUGGAGAGGUGUAUUACAGAUCCCAUCACAGGCCUUAGCUUAUUGGUCAUUGUAAAGAAAGGAGAGUAUUACUUCUUUGUUGAUGAGGCAACCAAACUCAUUCUAAAAUCUACAACAACAACACGAGCAGGAGGGCAAUACCAAGGAACCACAGUGUCUCUGUGGGACCUGCUCUACUCCAAAUACAUCACUGAGGAAAAAAGGAGAGCUGUACAACAAUUCAAGUCUGGAUCAAUUACAGUUGAACGUUUUCUGGAAAUCAUCCUAACAAUCAUUGAGCAACGGACAACAACAACAACCUCAUCUUCAUCAUCAUCAAUUGUCAUGUGCACACCACCUGAGACAAAAGUGGACAGCAGCACAACAACUAAGAUAACAACUACAACAACAGAGACACAGAGUUUUCAUGGAAUUAGAAAGGACGUCACUGCCACUGAGCUGCUCGAAUCCAAAAUCAUUGAUGAGAACCUUUACAAAGAUCUAAGCGCUGGUAAAGUAACAGUGACUGAAGUAAGUGAAAUGAACUCGGUGCGCAAGUACCUUGAGGGGACCAACAGUAUUGCAGGAGUGUACCUGCAGUCCACCAAAGAGACCCUGAGCAUCUAUGAAGCCAAAAGCCGUGGCCUGUUGACUCCUGGUACUUCUCUGGUUCUGCUGGAGGCGCAAGCUGCCACUGGGUUUGUCAUUGACCCAGUCAAAAACAAGAAACUUUCUGUGGAGGAAGCUGCAGCUCAAAGAGUAGUUGGCAAUGAGUGGAAAAACAAACUGCUUUCAGCAGAAAGGGCAGUCAUAGGAUACAAAGAUCCGUACACAGGAUCUAUAAUAUCUUUGUUCCAGGCCUUGAAAAAAGAUCUCAUUGUCAAGGAUCAUGGAAUUCGCCUUCUUGAAGCACAAAUUGCCACUGGAGGCAUAAUUGACCCAGUGCACAGUCACAGAGUUCCUGUACAGGUGGCAUACCAAAGAGGUUACUUUGAUGAGGAAAUGAAUCAGAUUCUGUCUGAUCCUGAUGAUGACACCAAGGGCUUCUUUGAUCCCAACACUCAAGAAAACCUCACAUAUCUCCAACUGGUGGAGAGGUGUAUUACAGAUCCCAUCACAGGCCUUAGCUUAUUGGUCAUUGUAAAGAAAGGAGAGUAUUACUUCUUUGUUGAUGAGGCAACCAAACUCAUUCUAAAAUCUACAACAACAACACGAGCAGGAGGGCAAUACCAAGGAACCACAGUGUCUCUGUGGGACCUGCUCUACUCCAAAUACAUCACUGAGGAAAAAAGGAGAGAGCUACAACAAUUCAAGUCUGGAUCAAUUACAGUUGAACGUUUUCUGGAAAUCAUCCUAACAAUCAUUGAGCAACGGACAACAACAACAACCUCAUCUUCAUCAUCAUCAAUUGUCAUGUGCACACCACCUGAGACAAAAGUGGACAGCAGCACAACAACUAAGAUAACAACUACAACAACAGAGACACGUGAAGCUCAGAGUUUUCAUGGAAUUAGAAAGGACGUCACUGCCACUGAGCUGCUCGAAUCCAAAAUCAUUGAUGAGAACCUUUACAAAGAUCUAAGCGCUGGUAAAGUAACAGUGACUGAAGUAAGUGAAAUGAACUCGGUGCGCAAGUACCUUGAGGGGACCAACAGUAUUGCAGGAGUGUACCUGCAGUCCACCAAAGAGACCCUGAGCAUCUAUGAAGCCAAAAGCCGUGGCCUGUUGACUCCUGGUACUUCUCUGGUUCUGCUGGAGGCGCAAGCUGCCACUGGGUUUGUCAUUGACCCAGUCAAAAACAAGAAACUUUCUGUGGAGGAAGCUGCAGCUCAAAGAGUAGUUGGCAAUGAGUGGAAAAACAAACUGCUUUCAGCAGAAAGGGCAGUCAUAGGAUACAAAGAUCCGUACACAGGAUCUAUAAUAUCUUUGUUCCAGGCCUUGAAAAAAGAUCUCAUUGUCAAGGAUCAUGGAAUUCGCCUUCUUGAAGCACAAAUUGCCACUGGAGGCAUAAUUGACCCAGUGCACAGUCACAGAGUUCCUGUACAGGUGGCAUACCAAAGAGGUUACUUUGAUGAGGAAAUGAAUCAGAUUCUGUCUGAUCCUGAUGAUGACACCAAGGGCUUCUUUGAUCCCAACACUCAAGAAAACCUCACAUAUCUCCAACUGGUGGAGAGGUGUAUUACAGAUCCCAUCACAGGCCUUAGCUUAUUGGUCAUUGUAAAGAAAGGAGAGUAUUACUUCUUUGUUGAUGAGGCAACCAAACUCAUUCUAAAAUCUACAACAACAACACGAGCAGGAGGGCAAUACCAAGGAACCACAGUGUCUCUGUGGGACCUGCUCUACUCCAAAUACAUCACUGAGGAAAAAAGGAGAGAGCUGGUACAACAAUUCAAGUCUGGAUCAAUUACAGUUGAACGUUUUCUGGAAAUCAUCCUAACAAUCAUUGAGCAACGGACAACAACAACAACCUCAUCUUCAUCAUCAUCAAUUGUCAUGUGCACACCACCUGAGACAAAAGUGGACAGCAGCACAACAACUAAGAUAACAACUACAACAACAGAGACACGUGAAGCUCAGAGUUUUCAUGGAAUUAGAAAGGACGUCACUGCCACUGAGCUGCUCGAAUCCAAAAUCAUUGAUGAGAACCUUUACAAAGAUCUAAGCGCUGGUAAAGUAACAGUGACUGAAGUAAGUGAAAUGAACUCGGUGCGCAAGUACCUUGAGGGGACCAACAGUAUUGCAGGAGUGUACCUGCAGUCCACCAAAGAGACCCUGAGCAUCUAUGAAGCCAAAAGCCGUGGCCUGUUGACUCCUGGUACUUCUCUGGUUCUGCUGGAGGCGCAAGCUGCCACUGGGUUUGUCAUUGACCCAGUCAAAAACAAGAAACUUUCUGUGGAGGAAGCUGCAGCUCAAAGAGUAGUUGGCAAUGAGUGGAAAAACAAACUGCUUUCAGCAGAAAGGGCAGUCAUAGGAUACAAAGAUCCGUACACAGGAUCUAUAAUAUCUUUGUUCCAGGCCUUGAAAAAAGAUCUCAUUGUCAAGGAUCAUGGAAUUCGCCUUCUUGAAGCACAAAUUGCCACUGGAGGCAUAAUUGACCCAGUGCACAGUCACAGAGUUCCUGUACAGGUGGCAUACCAAAGAGGUUACUUUGAUGAGGAAAUGAAUCAGAUUCUGUCUGAUCCUGAUGAUGACACCAAGGGCUUCUUUGAUCCCAACACUCAAGAAAACCUCACAUAUCUCCAACUGGUGGAGAGGUGUAUUACAGAUCCCAUCACAGGCCUUAGCUUAUUGGUCAUUGUAAAGAAAGGAGAGUAUUACUUCUUUGUUGAUGAGGCAACCAAACUCAUUCUAAAAUCUACAACAACAACACGAGCAGGAGGGCAAUACCAAGGAACCACAGUGUCUCUGUGGGACCUGCUCUACUCCAAAUACAUCACUGAGGAAAAAAGGAGAGAGCUACAACAAUUCAAGUCUGGAUCAAUUACAGUUGAACGUUUUCUGGAAAUCAUCCUAACAAUCAUUGAGCAACGGACAACAACAACAACCUCAUCUUCAUCAUCAUCAAUUGUCAUGUGCACACCACCUGAGACAAAAGUGGACAGCAGCACAACAACUAAGAUAACAACUACAACAACAGAGACACGUGAAGCUCAGAGUUUUCAUGGAAUUAGAAAGGACGUCACUGCCACUGAGCUGCUCGAAUCCAAAAUCAUUGAUGAGAACCUUUACAAAGAUCUAAGCGCUGGUAAAGUAACAGUGACUGAAGUAAGUGAAAUGAACUCGGUGCGCAAGUACCUUGAGGGGACCAACAGUAUUGCAGGAGUGUACCUGCAGUCCACCAAAGAGACCCUGAGCAUCUAUGAAGCCAAAAGCCGUGGCCUGUUGACUCCUGGUACUUCUCUGGUUCUGCUGGAGGCGCAAGCUGCCACUGGGUUUGUCAUUGACCCAGUCAAAAACAAGAAACUUUCUGUGGAGGAAGCUGCAGCUCAAAGAGUAGUUGGCAAUGAGUGGAAAAACAAACUGCUUUCAGCAGAAAGGGCAGUCAUAGGAUACAAAGAUCCGUACACAGGAUCUAUAAUAUCUUUGUUCCAGGCCUUGAAAAAAGAUCUCAUUGUCAAGGAUCAUGGAAUUCGCCUUCUUGAAGCACAAAUUGCCACUGGAGGCAUAAUUGACCCAGUGCACAGUCACAGAGUUCCUGUACAGGUGGCAUACCAAAGAGGUUACUUUGAUGAGGAAAUGAAUCAGAUUCUGUCUGAUCCUGAUGAUGACACCAAGGGCUUCUUUGAUCCCAACACUCAAGAAAACCUCACAUAUCUCCAACUGGUGGAGAGGUGUAUUACAGAUCCCAUCACAGGCCUUAGCUUAUUGGUCAUUGUAAAGAAAGGAGAGUAUUACUUCUUUGUUGAUGAGGCAACCAAACUCAUUCUAAAAUCUACAACAACAACACGAGCAGGAGGGCAAUACCAAGGAACCACAGUGUCUCUGUGGGACCUGCUCUACUCCAAAUACAUCACUGAGGAAAAAAGGAGAGAGCUACAACAAUUCAAGUCUGGAUCAAUUACAGUUGAACGUUUUCUGGAAAUCAUCCUAACAAUCAUUGAGCAACGGACAACAACAACAACCUCAUCUUCAUCAUCAUCAAUUGUCAUGUGCACACCACCUGAGACAAAAGUGGACAGCAGCACAACAACUAAGAUAACAACUACAACAACAGAGACACGUGAAGCUCAGAGUUUUCAUGGAAUUAGAAAGGACGUCACUGCCACUGAGCUGCUCGAAUCCAAAAUCAUUGAUGAGAACCUUUACAAAGAUCUAAGCGCUGGUAAAGUAACAGUGACUGAAGUAAGUGAAAUGAACUCGGUGCGCAAGUACCUUGAGGGGACCAACAGUAUUGCAGGAGUGUACCUGCAGUCCACCAAAGAGACCCUGAGCAUCUAUGAAGCCAAAAGCCGUGGCCUGUUGACUCCUGGUACUUCUCUGGUUCUGCUGGAGGCGCAAGCUGCCACUGGGUUUGUCAUUGACCCAGUCAAAAACAAGAAACUUUCUGUGGAGGAAGCUGCAGCUCAAAGAGUAGUUGGCAAUGAGUGGAAAAACAAACUGCUUUCAGCAGAAAGGGCAGUCAUAGGAUACAAAGAUCCGUACACAGGAUCUAUAAUAUCUUUGUUCCAGGCCUUGAAAAAAGAUCUCAUUGUCAAGGAUCAUGGAAUUCGCCUUCUUGAAGCACAAAUUGCCACUGGAGGCAUAAUUGACCCAGUGCACAGUCACAGAGUUCCUGUACAGGUGGCAUACCAAAGAGGUUACUUUGAUGAGGAAAUGAAUCAGAUUCUGUCUGAUCCUGAUGAUGACACCAAGGGCUUCUUUGAUCCCAACACUCAAGAAAACCUCACAUAUCUCCAACUGGUGGAGAGGUGUAUUACAGAUCCCAUCACAGGCCUUAGCUUAUUGGUCAUUGUAAAGAAAGGAGAGUAUUACUUCUUUGUUGAUGAGGCAACCAAACUCAUUCUAAAAUCUACAACAACAACACGAGCAGGAGGGCAAUACCAAGGAACCACAGUGUCUCUGUGGGACCUGCUCUACUCCAAAUACAUCACUGAGGAAAAAAGGAGAGAGCUGGUACAACAAUUCAAGUCUGGAUCAAUUACAGUUGAACGUUUUCUGGAAAUCAUCCUAACAAUCAUUGAGCAACGGACAACAACAACAACAACAACCUCAUCUUCAUCAUCAUCAAUUGUCAUGUGCACACCACCUGAGACAAAAGUGGACAGCAGCACAACAACUAAGAUAACAACUACAACAACAGAGACACGUGAAGCUCAGAGUUUUCAUGGAAUUAGAAAGGACGUCACUGCCACUGAGCUGCUCGAAUCCAAAAUCAUUGAUGAGAACCUUUACAAAGAUCUAAGCGCUGGUAAAGUAACAGUGACUGAAGUAAGUGAAAUGAACUCGGUGCGCAAGUACCGAGGGACCAACAGUAUUGCAGGAGUGUACCUGCAGUCCACCAAAGAGACCCUGAGCAUCUAUGAAGCCAAAAGCCGUGGCCUGUUGACUCCUGGUACUUCUCUGGUUCUGCUGGAGGCGCAAGCUGCCACUGGGUUUGUCAUUGACCCAGUCAAAAACAAGAAACUUUCUGUGGAGGAAGCUGCAGCUCAAAGAGUAGUUGGCAAUGAGUGGAAAAACAAACUGCUUUCAGCAGAAAGGGCAGUCAUAGGAUACAAAGAUCCGUACACAGGAUCUAUAAUAUCUUUGUUCCAGGCCUUGAAAAAAGAUCUCAUUGUCAAGGAUCAUGGAAUUCGCCUUCUUGAAGCACAAAUUGCCACUGGAGGCAUAAUUGACCCAGUGCACAGUCACAGAGUUCCUGUACAGGUGGCAUACCAAAGAGGUUACUUUGAUGAGGAAAUGAAUCAGAUUCUGUCUGAUCCUGAUGAUGACACCAAGGGCUUCUUUGAUCCCAACACUCAAGAAAACCUCACAUAUCUCCAACUGGUGGAGAGGUGUAUUACAGAUCCCAUCACAGGCCUUAGCUUAUUGGUCAUUGUAAAGAAAGGAGAGUAUUACUUCUUUGUUGAUGAGGCAACCAAACUCAUUCUAAAAUCUACAACAACAACACGAGCAGGAGGGCAAUACCAAGGAACCACAGUGUCUCUGUGGGACCUGCUCUACUCCAAAUACAUCACUGAGGAAAAAAGGAGAGAGCUACAACAAUUCAAGUCUGGAUCAAUUACAGUUGAACGUUUUCUGGAAAUCAUCCUAACAAUCAUUGAGCAACGGACAACAACAACAACAACAACCUCAUCUUCAUCAUCAUCAAUUGUCAUGUGCACACCACCUGAGACAAAAGUGGACAGCAGCACAACAACUAAGAUAACAACUACAACAACAGAGACACGUGAAGCUCAGAGUUUUCAUGGAAUUAGAAAGGACGUCACUGCCACUGAGCUGCUCGAAUCCAAAAUCAUUGAUGAGAACCUUUACAAAGAUCUAAGCGCUGGUAAAGUAACAGUGACUGAAGUAAGUGAAAUGAACUCGGUGCGCAAGUACCUUGAGGGGACCAACAGUAUUGCAGGAGUGUACCUGCAGUCCACCAAAGAGACCCUGAGCAUCUAUGAAGCCAAAAGCCGUGGCCUGUUGACUCCUGGUACUUCUCUGGUUCUGCUGGAGGCGCAAGCUGCCACUGGGUUUGUCAUUGACCCAGUCAAAAACAAGAAACUUUCUGUGGAGGAAGCUGCAGCUCAAAGAGUAGUUGGCAAUGAGUGGAAAAACAAACUGCUUUCAGCAGAAAGGGCAGUCAUAGGAUACAAAGAUCCGUACACAGGAUCUAUAAUAUCUUUGUUCCAGGCCUUGAAAAAAGAUCUCAUUGUCAAGGAUCAUGGAAUUCGCCUUCUUGAAGCACAAAUUGCCACUGGAGGCAUAAUUGACCCAGUGCACAGUCACAGAGUUCCUGUACAGGUGGCAUACCAAAGAGGUUACUUUGAUGAGGAAAUGAAUCAGAUUCUGUCUGAUCCUGAUGAUGACACCAAGGGCUUCUUUGAUCCCAACACUCAAGAAAACCUCACAUAUCUCCAACUGGUGGAGAGGUGUAUUACAGAUCCCAUCACAGGCCUUAGCUUAUUGGUCAUUGUAAAGAAAGGAGAGUAUUACUUCUUUGUUGAUGAGGCAACCAAACUCAUUCUAAAAUCUACAACAACAACACGAGCAGGAGGGCAAUACCAAGGAACCACAGUGUCUCUGUGGGACCUGCUCUACUCCAAAUACAUCACUGAGGAAAAAAGGAGAGAGCUUGUACAACAAUUCAAGUCUGGAUCAAUUACAGUUGAACGUUUUCUGGAAAUCAUCCUAACAAUCAUUGAGCAACGGACAACAACAACAACCUCAUCUUCAUCAUCAUCAAUUGUCAUGUGCACACCACCUGAGACAAAAGUGGACAGCAGCACAACAACUAAGAUAACAACUACAACAACAGAGACACAGAGUUUUCAUGGAAUUAGAAAGGACGUCACUGCCACUGAGCUGCUCGAAUCCAAAAUCAUUGAUGAGAACCUUUACAAAGAUCUAAGUGCUGGUAAAGUAACAGUGACUGAAGUAAGUGAAAUGAACUCGGUGCGCAAGUACCUUGAGGGGACCAACAGUAUUGCAGGAGUGUACCUGCAGUCCACCAAAGAGACCCUGAGCAUCUAUGAAGCCAAAAGCCGUGGCCUGUUGACUCCUGGUACUUCUCUGGUUCUGCUGGAGGCGCAAGCUGCCACUGGGUUUGUCAUUGACCCAGUCAAAAACAAGAAACUUUCUGUGAAGGAAGCUGCAGCUCAAAGAGUAGUUGGCAAUGAGUGGAAAAACAAACUGCUUUCAGCAGAAAGGGCAGUCAUAGGAUACAAAGAUCCGUACACAGGAUCUACAAUAUCUUUGUUCCAGGCCUUGAAAAAAGAUCUCAUUGUCAAGGAUCAUGGAAUUCGCCUUCUUGAAGCACAAAUUGCCACUGGAGGCAUAAUUGACCCAGUGCACAGUCACAGAGUUCCUGUACAGGUGGCAUACCAAAGAGGUUACUUUGAUGAGGAAAUGAAUCAGAUUCUGUCUGAUCCUGAUGAUGACACCAAGGGCUUCUUUGAUCCCAACACUCAAGAAAACCUCACAUAUCUCGAACUGGUAGAGAGGUGUAUCACAGAUCCCAUCACAGGCCUCUCUUUAUUGCCAUUGCACCGAUAAAAGAAGGAAUCCCUUGCUACAAAGAUUCAUGUCCUUUCCUUGCAACACCAAAUUUUAGUAAGGACGAGACAGAUUUGCAAGAAGCAUUUUUUUCGAUUCCUCUUUUUUACUUUUUCUUGGAAAACAAAACGAGUGAAAAUAACAUGCAUACUGUUCUGUGCAAAAUAGCUUUAACAUUUAACAUUAAGUAAAACGGUUGGGCUUUUGAAUUUAGAGGUGUUUUGGAUACAAUUUCUGUUGAAUAUGAGUAAGACUGCAGACGUUGACUCAUUUGAAGAUGAACAAUAUUGUCACAUUCUUACUCUACACUAAAUCUUAUUAGUUAAACCCGUCUUUGAUAUGUCCAAAUUUUAACUGUGAAAUUUGCCUUCUGAUCUUUUACAAGUUUCCACUCAUUUACCCCUCGUGACUUUUGAGGUUUUUUUGACAAUUUUUUAAACAUCUUUUUAUCAACUGAUUCUGAUAUUCUUAACUGUGGUAUCCAAUAUUUUUGUGACUUGGGAUCCUUAUUUCACCUGUUUUAAUAUCUUUUCAUUUUUAUUGCACCAAAUACUGAUUCGACUGACUUUACACUACUGACCUACAUUAAGGUUUAGUCAAUUUUCCCUUGCUUGUAUAGGCUGGAGUUAUGUUUUACUUUUGGCAAAAGCUAAAAUCUGUUUUUUGUUUUUUUUAAUAAGUGAAUAAGUAAAUGUGACAUCAAUGAAUAGAGUGGGCAAUGCUUAUAUGUUUGUUUUCUGUACUUCUGACAAACCCUUGUUGGUAAAAUUUUUGAUUAAACAUCUCCAUAAAAAAAUUA